UGGCUUGCGCCAUAACAACACAGGCAGUGCGAAUAUUGGAACAUUUUUUUGAACUUUUUAAAUUUUUGGUCAAAAUUGAUACAAUGUAAUCACGAAAGGAAUAGCGAAGCAAAUAUAAGGUGUAUUUUUUUAAAGUUUUAAUUUAACGAUGACAUCAAUGAGUGGUAAAGCCUCCACAAACGGAGUGUCCAAUGGUGUUAAUGGAUUACCUAAUGGAAAUUCUAAUGGACCUCAGAGGACCAAACUUGGAAGUAUUGGACCUAAUGGAUAUCCUAGACUUCCCCCAAUCAAUAAACCACAGAAGAGGGCUGAUGACCCCUAUGCCAACAGUAAACUGAUGACUUACAGGUUGGCCAAUGCCAAACAAGCCAUGCUUAUGAAUAUUUUAACUGAAAAAUCCAUGCAGGAUUACGAAGAGACCCAAGAAUUAAACAGCAUUGCCCCAGAAAAACCACCAAGUCCAGACUAUCCUCCAGAGAUGAUGAGCAAUGAUCGUAAAAUCAGGCUGAAUUACCAGUAUCUGAAGAAAUGUGUAGAAAGUGGACCUAUCACACCUAUGCAGAAAGAAUGGUCAGAACAUAUACUGACCAUGAUUCCAGAGAAAUUACAACACACUGUUCCUCUCAAAGAAGUUAUCAAUGAAUUGUUUGAGGAAAUAAAAGAAGACUAUACUGGAAGCAUGAAAAAAUCCAUGGUUCAACAUGUAUUAGUAAAACCAGAGGUAAAAGGACUAGACGGUGAUGUAGCUGGACCACCCCCAGCAGAGCCAGAGGGAUUAGACUACUCUAGACCAUGGCAUGGUGACUUUGUAGAUGCUAGAGAAGUCAUCAGAGAAAACCUUCACAUUUUACAUCCUGCUAUGAUGAAAGUCCUCAAUAUGUGUCAGACAACACUGGGAAAUAUGCUCCUUGCUGACUGUUCUCAGUUCAGAGUACAAGGACCAAUAGAAUUUGAAUCCUUCAGAAAUAAUGUGACAUUAGAAAUAGAAAAGACAGAAGAAAAAUUGAUGAAUAGCUGGUGGCAGGAUAUUAUCCAGAUUUUCACAGACAAAACAUGUAUAGCUACAGUAAAACCAGAUAAAAUAGAUUCUUUCUAUAACAGUGUAACCACACUUAUCACAAACCAGCUGAAAGACCUGAUAGUCAGAUCAAUCAAUGCCUACGUAGAUUUAUUUAAUGAAGCUGACCAUAGAUAUCUACCCAUUCUGAAGAUGGAGCUGACUUUUGAUGAUGAGAAGAUGCAGUUUUAUCCACUGAAGGAAGAUCUAGAGGAGACAGUUCUGUAUGUUGUGGAACAGAUAUGUAAAUCUAUGCAACAGUUACCUAACAUACAACAAUGGCUGUCAGGAGCUAGUGCUAUUAACAUGAUGGAGAUAUCUGUUGCUGAUCAUAUUUUGAAGAAAUCUACUGACAGACUGAAGGAAGCUGUAAAGAGAUACUUCAAGGAUCCAGAAGAUCAUCUAGAAUCAUUUGUAAAGAGAUAUGAUUAUAUUGUUAACGGAGAGGCUUUGGCAGAAAUCAGAGAGUAUGUAAAGGAAGAACAUACAUUUGCUGAAUAUCAAAUACAAAUUGACAAAUACAGAAAUUUAGCCUCUGAAAUUAUGGGUUUGCCAAGUAUUGAACAUUUUGACAUGAUUCGUCUUGACUGUGAAGAUUUGAAGAGAGGAUUAGCAGAAGCAUCUAGGGAAUUAGCUAAUGAGCUCCUCAGAAAGGUGUCUAAUGAUCACAGAACUGAAAAUCAAGCGGUCUGCAAUGAAUUCAAAGUUAUUCGAGACAGAGCUUUGAAAACACCAGAAACUAGUGAAGAUCUAAUGGAAAUGAUGACAUUCAUUACAAAUGCUAGAAAUAUGGGCAUGGUCAAACUCAACGAUAGGAUAUCUGAAUCCAAAAAUAGAUUGAAAUAUUUGAUUGAUGUGUUUAUGUUCCCACCAGAAGACAUUGAACUGAAUUGUGAGACACUCACGUGGCCACAGCGAAUAAAUCCAGUGUUUGAUGCAAAUGAUGAGCUUGUAGAGAAAUCCAAACACGGUGGUGAGAAACAACUCCUAGAAAAGAGAGAGAAGGUUAUAUUAGAACUUGAGAAAUUACGUGCCAGAGUAGAUGAGUUCAAUGAUUACGGUGAAAUGGACAUGAUGCAACAAUAUGUUGGUGAUGUCAGAGUUGUACAGAAAAGAUUACAAGAGGUUCAAGAACAGAUUACAUGGAUUAAUAAGGAAGAGGCCCUUUACAAAUAUCCCAUCUCUACAUAUCCAGAUGUCAAUGACAUCACAGUUGCUGUUGAUCCAUUCCAGAGAUUGUUUAAUGUUGUCCUUAGAUGGCAGAAAGCUGAGAAAAAAUGGAUGGAUGGAGCCUUUUUGGACCUUGAUGCUGAACAAGUAGAUGGAGAGGUUGAUGAAUUUUCUAGAGAAAUUUACAAAAUCCAGAAAGUAUUUAACCAGAAGGUGAAGAAAAUGCAGAUGGAAAUUGAUGAAGUCAACAGGGAUAAAAAGAAAAAGAGGCGACUUGCAGAAGAUGGAGAUGGAGAAGUGAAUCCUGAGGACCAGGAUGUCAAACUUAAGAUUCCAGAAGGUUUUAAUAUCUGUAACAGUGUUAUGGAUCAAACUAAAGAUUUCAAGGAUAAUGUGCCGGUGAUUGCAAUCAUGUGUAACAAAGGUAUGAGGGAACGUCACUGGACGAAUAUGUCCAACAUUGCUGGCUUUGAUAUGACACCAGAUUCUGGUUCCACACUGAGAAAAGUCCUUAAGUUAGAACUUGGACCACACAUGGAGAUGUUUGAAGGAAUCAGUGCUGGUGCUUCAAAGGAAUUCUCUCUGGAGAAGGCUAUGAUUAAGAUGAAGGAAGACUGGGAGAACAUCACCUUCAAUCUAUCACCAUACAGAGACUCUGGUGUUAAUAUUCUGUCAGCUGUUGAUGACAUACAGACCACCCUGGAUGAUCAGAUCGUCAAAACACAGACCAUGAGAGGUUCACCAUUCAUUAAACCUUUUGAUAAAGAAAUCAGGGAAUGGGAGGAGCGUCUACUCAGAAUCCAGGAUACUAUAGAUGAAUGGCUAAAAGUACAAGCACAGUGGCUAUAUUUGGAACCUAUCUUCUCCUCAGAAGAUAUCAUGCAACAGAUGCCUGAAGAAGGACGGUUGUUUUUGGUUGUGGACAGAAACUGGAAAGAUGUGAUGAAACAUACCACUAGAGAUCCUAAGGUUCUGGCAGCCACUAGCUUACAAGGAUUAUUGGAAAAACUACAGGACAGUAAUGGACUAUUAGACAAAAUCAUGAAAGGAUUGAAUGCCUACCUUGAGAAGAAACGUUUAUACUUCCCACGAUUCUUUUUCCUUUCCAACGAUGAAAUGUUGGAAAUCUUGUCUGAGACAAAAGACCCAAUGAGAGUACAACCACAUUUGAAGAAAUGUUUUGAAGGCAUUGCUAAACUUGAAUUUGAUGCCAAACUUGACAUUCAUGCCAUGUUUUCCAGUGAAGGAGAGAAAAUUACAUUCUCACAGGUGAUAUCAACUUCAGAUGCUAGAGGAGCUGUGGAGAAAUGGCUGUUACAAGUACAGGACGUUAUGCUGAUGUCCAUCAAAGAUGUCUGUGCAAGAGCAAUGGAUGCUUAUGCAAUAGAUCCACGUAUUGAUUGGGUGAGAGAAUGGCCAGGACAAGUUGUUUUGUGUGUAUCACAGGCCUACUGGACCAAGGAAGUCCAUGAAGCCAUUCGACUUGGACCACAGGGACUCAGAGAUUAUUGGAACAAAUUACAGGCACAACUACAGGAAAUUGUAAUUCUGGUAAGAGGAAAACUGUCAAAACAGAUUAGAACUACUCUUGGAGCUUUAGUGGUACUAGAUGUACAUGCUCGUGACUGUGUCUUGGAUAUGGCUGAAAAAGGUGUGUCAUCUGAGAAUGAUUUUAACUGGCUAGCCCAGCUGAGAUACUACUGGGAAGAAGAAAAUAUGAGAGUCAGAAUGACAAAUGCCACUGUGAAGUAUGCCUAUGAGUAUCUAGGAAACACGGCUAGAUUGGUUAUAACACCACUUACUGACAGGUGCUAUCGUACACUGAUUGGAGCAUUUCAUCUCAACUUGAAUGGGGCUCCUGAAGGUCCCGCUGGAACCGGUAAAACAGAAACAGUCAAAGAUCUGGCCAAAGCUUUAGCUGUACAGUGUGUUGUGUUUAACUGUUCUGAUGGUCUGGAUUACUUGGCUAUGGGAAAAUUCUUCAAAGGAUUGGCUUCAGCAGGAGCCUGGGCAUGCUUUGAUGAAUUCAACAGAAUAGAUUUAGAAGUAUUGUCUGUCAUUGCACAGCAGAUUUUAUGUAUUAUCAGAGCAGUUCAGGGCCAUAUGACCUCAUUUAACUUUGAAGGAACAGAAUUGGAUCUUAAUCCUAACUGUUAUGUCUGUAUUACAAUGAACCCUGGUUAUGCUGGAAGAUCUGAACUUCCUGACAAUCUUAAGGUUCUCUUCCGUACAGUAGCUAUGAUGGUACCAGACUAUGCCAUGAUUGCUGAAAUCUCACUGUACUCAUUUGGUUUCCAGAAUGCCAGACCGUUGUCCGUGAAGAUUGUGACUGUAUACAGACUUUGUUCAGAACAGUUGUCAUCACAGUUUCACUACGAUUAUGGAAUGAGGGCUGUCAAGGCUGUGUUAUCUGCAGCUGGAAACUUGAAACUGAAAUUUCCAGACGAGGAUGAAGAUAUACUGUUGUUAAGAUCCAUCAUUGAUGUUAAUCUUCCCAAGUUCUUGUCUCAUGAUAUUCCUCUGUUCAAUGGUAUCACCUCUGACUUGUUCCCUGGAGUUACCCUUCCUGAGGCAGACUAUAAAAUCUUCUUGGAAGCCAUGGAAACAAUCUGUGAGAAAAAGAACCUACAGUUUGUUGAAUUCUUCAAAGAAAAGAUAAUCCAGACAUAUGAAAUGAUGAUUGUGAGACACGGUUUUAUGUUAGUUGGAGAACCUUUUGGUGGGAAAACAAUGACUUUAAAGACAUUGUGUGAGGGAAUGACCUUACUAAAUGAACAAGGUCACGAGGACUUUGAAAGGGUCAUGUACAAAAUUAUCAAUCCUAAGUCAAUUACUAUGGGACAACUAUUUGGUAUGUUUGACCCAGUUUCUCAUGAAUGGACUGAUGGUGUUGUUGCCAAUACAUUCAGAGAGUUUGCUUCGAAUGACACACCUGAUCGUAAAUGGGUAAUAUUUGAUGGACCUAUUGAUGCCUUGUGGAUCGAGAACAUGAACACAGUAUUAGAUGAUAACAAGAAGCUCUGUUUGAUGAGUGGAGAAAUUAUACAGUUGUCACCACCUAUGAGUUUAAUCUUUGAGACAAUGGAUCUCUCACAAGCUUCACCAGCCACAGUCAGUAGGUGUGGUAUGAUAUACUUAGAACCCUCCUCCCUUGGUUGGAGACCAUUCUUUAAGUCAUGGCUGAAUGUCUUCCCAGAAGUCCUUGCCAAGGAAGCACUUGAUGUUGUGGAAGCCAUGUUUGAAUGGCUGGUAGAUCCAUGUUUAGAAUUCAUCAGAAAAAAUACCAAGGAAUAUGUUGCUGGUCGGUAUGCCAACCAAGUGAGGUCAUUGAUGUACUUGUUUGAUAUGCUUAUGCACGAGCAUGUAAAUGCUGAAGAUAGCCAUGACAACAAAAACCUCAAAGUUUAUGCUGUGUCAGCCAUAUUGUUUUCCAUACCUUGGAGUAUUGGAGCAUGUGUUGACGCUGAUGGUCGCAACAAGUUUGAUGCUUUCUUCAAAGAGCUGAUUUCUGGAAAGAUGGAAGAAUUCCCCAUGCCUAAGGCUGUAGGAACUAAGUUUGAUGUACCCAUACCUGACAAUAUGCAUGUUUAUGAAGUAUUUUAUGAAUUUAAAAAUCGUGGAGCAUGGAAACACUGGAAUGAUUUGAUAAAAAAUCUUGAAAUAAAAGCCAAGAAAAUCAGAGAAAUGUUGGUUCCAACCAUGGAUACAGCCAGAUAUUCAUUCCUAAUGGAAUUGUGUAUUGAGCAUUCUAGACCUAUUCUGUUUGUUGGACCAACUGGUACAGGCAAAUCGGUGUAUGUACAAGACAAACUGAUGAAUGGUCUUUCUAAGGAUAAAUAUCUUCCAGCUUUUGUCAACUUUUCUGCACAGACCAGUGCUAACCAAACACAGAACAUCAUAAUGUCAAGGUUGGACAAACGUAGAAAAGGUGUGUUUGGACCACAGAUGGGUAAAAAGGCUGUUAUUUUUGUUGAUGAUUUGAACAUGCCAGCUAAAGAAGUGUAUGGUGCUCAACCUCCUAUUGAGCUUCUGAGACAGUUCCAGGAUCAUGGUUAUUGGUAUGACUUGAAGGAAACGUCCAAACUUCUACUACAAGAUGUACAGUUGAUUUGUGCCAUGGGACCACCAGGAGGAGGUAGAAAUGAUGUCACUCUUAGAUUUAUGAGACAUUUUAACAUGAUUGGAAUAAAUUCCUUCAGUGAAGACACUAUGAUCAAAAUUUUCUCCAUUAUGAUAUCUACCUAUUUGAGGGGUGCUGAGUUUUCAGGAGAUUUCUUGGCCCUUGGAAACAUGAUUGUAAGUGCCACAAAUGACAUGUAUAAACAAGCUAUUGCCAACCUGUUACCAACACCAGCUAAAUCACAUUAUGUGUUUAAUUUACGAGAUUUCUCCAGAGUCAUCCUUGGAGUUUGUCUGAUCAAGAAGAAUGAAGUGGAAAACAAACGUGUGAUGAUGAGGUUAUGGGUCCAUGAAGUGAUGAGAGUAUUCUACGAUCGUCUCACAGAUGAUGCAGACAGAUCAUGGUUGUUCAAAACAACACAGAAUGCUGUAAAAGACUACUUCAAAGAGAGUUUUGACAGUUUGUUUGAACAUCUAGCUGGUGGUGGCUCCGGAGAAGGAAAGGGAGCUCCAGUAAAGGUUAAAGAAGAUGAUUUAAGAAGUUUGAUGUUUGGUGAUUAUAUGAACCCUGAUGCAGAGUCUGAGGAGAGAGUUUAUGAUGAAGUGAAAUCUGUUGACUCUAUGUACACCAUUGUAGAGCAAUGUUUAGAAGAGUACAAUAAUACACAUAAAAAUAGAAUGAAUCUGGUUAUUUUCAGAUAUGUGUUGGAACAUUUGUCUCGUAUCUGUCGUGUACUGAGAAUCCCAGGAGGAAAUGCCUUGUUAGUGGGUGUAGGAGGUAGUGGUCGUCAAUCCUUAACCAGGUUAGCAACAGCCAUGGCAGGAUACGAUCUCUUCCAACCAGAAAUCUCAAAGAACUAUGGCAAAGUAGAAUGGAGAGAGGACAUUAAGUCAGUACUGAAAGGAUGUGGAGCAAGUGGAAAGACAACUGUAUUCUUAGUGACAGACACCCAGAUCAAAGAGGAAUCAUUCCUUGAGGACAUUGAUAACUUAUUAAACACAGGAGAAGUCCCUAAUCUUUUCCCUGCUGAUGAGAAAGCAGAAAUAAUGGAGACUGUUAGACCAGUAGCACAAGCUGGAGACAAGAUGGCCGACUUCAGUCCACUGGCUUUGUUUGCUUUCUUUGUCAAUCGUAUCAGAGAGAAUUUACAUAUUAUUAUUGCCUUCAGUCCAAUAGGAGAUGCUUUCCGUAAUAGACUUAGGCAAUUCCCGUCUUUAAUUAACUGCUGUACUAUUGACUGGUUCCAGACUUGGCCAGAUGAUGCAUUAGAGAGAGUAGCCAAUAAAUUCUUAGAGAAUACAGAACUUUCUGACCAUGACAGGAAGGAAUCUGUCAUGAUUGUCAAGCACUUCCAUCAGAGCACCAUUCAUCUGUCAACAAAGUUCUUAAAUCAGUUAGGCAGACAUAAUUAUGUAACACCAACAUCUUACUUGGAGUUGAUCAACUCAUUCAAGAACUUACUCCAAAGUAAACAAGAUGAGAUAUCUAAAGCCAAACGUAGAUAUGUGGUUGGUUUAGAGAAAUUGGCCUUUGCUGCUUCACAGGUUGCAGACAUGCAGAAAGAACUGGAGGAACUCCAGCCACAGCUUGUCAUCUCUGCAGAGGAAAAUUCUAAAAUGAUGGUCAUUAUAGAGAAGGAGUCUGGUGAAGUAGAGGCUACAAGUAAAAUUGUCAAAGCUGAUGAAGCUGUUGCUAAUGAACAAGCUGCUGAGGCUCAGGCUCUGAAAGAUGAAUGUGAGGCAGAACUUGCAGAGGCUAUUCCUGCUCUUGAGGCUGCUCUCGCUGCCCUGGAUACCUUAAAGCCUGCUGAUAUUGUUAUUGUCAAGUCUAUGAAGAACCCUCCUUCCGGUGUCAAACUUGUCAUGUCUGCUGUAUGUGUAAUGAAGGACAUCAAACCAGAUAAAAUAAAUGACCCAGAUAAACCUGGACAAAAGAUUCUUGAUUACUGGGGACCAUCAAAGAAAGUUCUGGGAGACAUGAGUUUCUUGGCUAAUCUGAAAGCCUAUGACAGAGAUAAUAUUCCAGUACAUUGUAUGAAGCAGAUUCGUAAGGAUUUCAUAACAAAUGCAGAUUUUGACCCUGCCAAAGUAGCUAAUGCGUCAUCUGCUGCUGAGGGUCUGUGUAAAUGGGUCUUAGCCAUGGAAAUAUACGAUAGAGUGGCGAAAGUUGUAGCACCAAAGAAAGAAAAACUCAAACAAGCAGAAGAAGAACUUAAUAGUACAAUGACACUACUGAAUGCCAAACGUGCUGAGCUUGCAGCUGUUGAAAAACGUCUUGCAGAUUUACGUGCUACUUUCCAAGAAAUGACAGAGAAGAAAGAAAGAUUGGAAUUUCAGGUGGACCUUUGUGCCAAGAAACUAGAAAGAGCAGAGAAGCUUAUAGGUGGAUUGGGAGGAGAGAAAGAAAGGUGGACCGUUGCUGCCACAAACUUACAGAAUAUUUUUGACAAUUUAGUUGGUGAUGUGUUGAUAGCUGCAGGAGUAAUUGCCUAUCUUGGUCCUUUCACCAUGGCAUUCAGAGAUGAAUGUACUAAAGAAUGGGUCAAAGUCUGUACAGAAAAAAAGAUUCCAUGCUCACAGGAAUUCUCUUUAAGUAAGACUUUAGGAGAGCCGAUUAAGAUACAGGCAUGGAACAUCUUUGGACUACCACGAGACAGUUUCUCCAUUGACAAUGGUGUCAUUGUAGCUAACUCCAGGAGAUGGCCUCUUAUGAUUGAUCCACAAGGUCAAGCCAACAAAUGGGUGAAGAACAUGGAGAAAGAUUUCAAACUCUCAGUCAUUAAACUGACAGAUUCAGAUUACAUGAGAACACUGGAGAAUUGUAUCACCUUUGGUAAUCCCGCUCUACUGGAAAAUGUUGCUGAAGAAUUGGAUCCUUCUCUGGAACCUCUCUUGCUGAAACAAACUUACAAACAAGCUGGUGUUGACAUGAUCAAACUAGGAGAGAAUGUGAUUGAAUACAGUAAAGAUUUCAGAUUCUACAUCACUACUAAACUGAGAAAUCCUCAUUAUCUACCUGAAGUAGCAGUCAAGGUCUCUUUACUGAACUUUAUGAUAACACCUGAAGGUCUUGAGGAUCAGCUCCUGGGAAUAGUGGUCGCUAAAGAAAGGCCAGAAUUAGAAGAAGAGAGACAAGCAUUAAUUGUUCAGAGUGCUGCUAACAAAAAACAACUAAAGGAAAUUGAAGAUAAAAUUCUACAUACUCUAUCAGCUUCCGAAGGCAACAUUCUGGAAGAUGAAACAGCUAUUCAAAUUUUGGACUCGUCUAAGAUACUUUCUGAUGAAAUCUCUAAGAAACAAAAGAUUGCAGAGGAAACUGAACAGAAAAUAGAUGCUUCUAGAAUGGGAUAUCGUCCAAUCGCUAAACAUUCCUCUAUUCUGUUUUUCUCAAUUGCUGAUUUGCCUAAUAUUGACCCUAUGUACCAGUAUUCAUUGACCUGGUUUGUCAACCUUUAUGUUAUGUCUAUUCAUGACAGCAACAAAUCAAAGAUCCUGGAGAGACGGUUGCGAUAUCUUUCUGACCACUUUACCUACAGUUUAUACUGUAAUGUUUGUCGGUCACUCUUUGAGAAAGACAAACUUCUAUUUUCUUUUAUUCUCAAUACUAAUAUUAUGUCAUCCAAAAAUGAACUAGAUCAUGAUGAGUAUAUGUUUUUCCUGACUGGAGGUGUUGGUCUGGAGAACAAACUUGCUAACCCUGCACCAACAUGGCUGACAGAUAAGAGCUGGGAUGAAUUGUGUCGUCUUUCUGAUCUUAAAAAAUACAAAAAAUUAAGAGAACAUUUUAUGAAGAAUCUGGAUGCUUGGAAUAAAUAUUACAACUACAGAGAACCACACAAUGAAGAACUACCUGCCCCUUUCCAAACUGAAUUAAAUGAAUUCCAAAGAAUGUUGAUACUACGAUCUAUUCGACCAGAUAAAAUUAUUCCAGCUAUUACAAAUUUUGUCCAGGAGAAGCUUGGUAAAAAGUUUGUAGAACCACCACCAUUUGAUUUAGCCAAGAGUUAUGCUGAUUCCAACUGCUGUGCUCCAUUGAUUUUUGUCCUAUCACCUGGAGCUGAUCCAACCAUGGCAUUGUUGAAGUUUGCAGAAGACAAAGGAUUUGGAGGAAAUAAAUUUAACUCUAUAUCUCUGGGUCAGGGACAGGGACCAAUAGCCAGUAGGAUGAUACAGAAGGCAAGAGAAGAAGGUAGCUGGGUGAUGUUACAGAACUGUCACUUGGCCGUGUCAUGGAUGACUCCACUGGAGAAGUUGUGUGAAGAACUUACGCCAGAAAAUACACACUCAGAAUUUAGACUGUGGCUUACCAGUUAUCCAUCCGAUAAGUUCCCUGUAACAGUUUUACAGAAUGGAGUUAAGAUGACCAAUGAACCACCAACUGGUUUGAGACAGAACCUGUUACAGUCCUAUCUUAAUGAUCCAAUCAGUGAUGCUGAAUUCUAUGCAGGAUGUCCAGGAAAAGAACACAAUUUUGAGAAGUUGCUGUAUGGGUUGUGUUUCUUCCAUGCAAUAAUACAAGAGCGACGUAAAUUUGGUCCUCUGGGAUGGAAUAUUGCUUAUGGAUUCAAUGAAUCUGAUCUUAGAAUCUCGAUCAGACAGUUACAGAUGUUUAUUAAUGAGUAUGAAGAGGUACCAUUUGAUGCUAUCACAUACAUGACAGGAGAGUGUAAUUAUGGUGGUCGUGUUACUGAUGACUGGGACAGGCGAUGUCUCAGAGCUAUACUUCAGGAUUACUAUACUCCUACUAUAAUAAAUGAAGCCCGGUAUAAGUUCUCUCCAAGUGGAAACUACUAUUCACCACCUAAGAUGGCAUAUGAAGAUUAUAUUGAAUUUAUAAGGAAUUUGCCAACAAAUCAGAACCCAGAAAUAUUUGGCAUGCAUGAAAAUGUUGAUAUAUCAAAGGACAUGCAGGACACCAAAUUAUUAUUUUCUUCUGUUUUGCUGACAGAAGGUCGGGGAUCAGGUGGUGGAGGUCAGGCUGAUGAUUCACUGUAUACAAUUGCUGGGGAUAUCCUUGCUAAGCUUCCUAAAAAUUUUGAUAUUGAGACAGCCACUAAAAAGUACCCUGUUGUGUACAGUGAGAGUAUGAAUACAGUGUUGGUACAAGAAAUGGAGAGAUUUAAUACUUUGCUGUCCAUCAUCAGAAGCAGUCUGAUAAACAUACAGAAAGCUAUCAAAGGUCUAGUGGUCAUGUCAACAGAUUUAGAAAAAUUAGCUGGCAGUUUGAUGAUUGGUCAGUUACCUGCUAUGUGGGCCAAGAGAUCAUACCCAUCACUCAAACCACUUGGAAGUUACAUCAAUGACUUCUUAGACAGACUUAAAUUUUUACAGAAAUGGUAUGAUGAAGGAAAGCCAACAUCAUUCUGGAUAUCAGGAUUUUUCUUCACACAGGCAUUCUUGACUGGUGUAAUGCAGAAUUUUGCCAGAAAGUAUACUAUACCUAUUGAUACAUUAGGAUACGAUUUUGAGGUAUUAAAGGUUGACAUUAUGAAUGAACACCCAGAGGACGGUUGCUAUGUCUUUGGUCUAUUUUUAGACGGUGGACGUUGGGACAAGCACAAGGGAAAUUUGACAGAGCAGCUACCUAAGAUUUUAUUUGAUCCACUCCCAGCUGUAUGGGCCAGACCUGCUAAGAAAGCUGAUAUUGAUAAAUCAGACAAGCGUUAUGAAAUACCAGUCUACAAAACCAGUGAAAGAAAAGGUGUUUUGUCAACCACUGGCCACUCAACAAACUUUGUGUUGGCAAUGCUGCUACCAACCGAUAGACCUAUAGAACACUGGAUAAAACGUGGAUUGGCAUUACUUUGUCAACUGGACGAUUAAUUAUCUUAGUUCUCUUAUGGACUUUAGUUCAUUUUUAUAUUUUUAUUGACAUACUGUGAUGAGCUAUGCGUAUGAACCAGUUAAUCUCUUGUAAGAAUGAAAAUUAUUAUAAAUCUGUUUUAUUUAUUUGAAGUUUUAAUUGAAAUAUUGUUGAUAUAUUUAUUUAAUUACUUAAUUUGUUGGAUAUGCUGUGAUAUGGACUUCUCCAAGACAAAUUAAUUUUAUUUUUUCAGACCACAACACAUGAUAUUUGUCAGUUUAUAGUGUUCUGACCUUUAUUAUAUAGAUUUUGCUUUCUCAGUGUUGCAGUGAAGUUAUUGUUAUAAGAUUACACUUUUUAAUCAGGACUGAUAACUUGACAGAACCUAAAUGAAUAUCAUAUGUACAUAUUUUUUAUACACAGUUUAUGAUUUGAUACAUUCCGUCCAAUACUGAUUAAACCAUAUAAAACUGUCUUUGCUGAAACAAAUAUACAACACAUAUUUAUUAAUGUUUUUUUUGUUUUUUGUUUAUAUAUAUGUAUUUUACAAUGAAUACCUAACCGUCCAAACUUUAUUUUUACAUUAUGUCUUAACCAGGUGUUGUCUUUAAAUUUCACAUUCCAUGUAUUUUUUAUGACCACAAAGUAGAACUGAUCAUAUAACUGUAUGUUUGAGAGAAGAAGAAAAAAGAAUUAGACACAAGUAGUUGUGAAUGCAAUUAAAAAAAGGUUGCAUAAACACUUAAAGUAGUGAAGUGUUAUUUAGAAAACAGAAAGCCAACUGUAAGAUAUAUGUGGUAUUUUGUUUUAUUUCAUCUGUGAUAUCUUUGAAAAAACAUAAAAUUCUUACAAUAAAUUAUGUUUUCACA